AUGGCGAACCGGUGGUGGACCGGGCAGGUGGGUCUUCCGGGAGUCGAGUCAUCGUCUGCCACUUCGCCGGCGAUGAACAAGAAGCCAGAUCUAGGUAUAUCCAUGAACCAGAACGGCGGAAAUGGCAGCGGCAGCGGUGGAGGAGACGAAGAUCAAGAUGAGAGAGAGAACAGCGACGAGCCGAGAGAGGGCGCCAUAGAGGUGGCGAUGCGGCGGCCUAGAGGGCGUCCACCGGGGUCCAAAAACAAGCCGAAGCCGCCGAUAUUCGUGACCCGGGAUAGCCCUAACGCGCUCCGGAGCCAUGUCAUGGAGGUGGGGAAUGGGUCGGAUGUAAUCGAAAGCAUAGCCCAAUUUGCCAGAAGAAGGCAAAGAGGAGUGUGUGUGCUGAGUGCAAGUGGGACAGUAACAAACGUAACGCUUAGACAACCCUCUGCAGCUGCAGCAGUUAUGGCACUACACGGCCGGUUCGAGAUUCUCUCUCUAACCGGCUCGUUCCUGCCCGGUCCAGCCCCGCCCGGGUCGGCGGGACUGGCUAUAUACCUGGCCGGUGGGCAGGGGCAGGUGGUGGGUGGGAGUGUGGUGGGGUCACUGGUGGCUGCUGGACCGGUCAUGGUGAUAGCAGCCACCUUUUCGAAUGCUACUUACGAGAGGCUGCCGCUGGAGGAGGAGGAGGAGACGGGUGGAGGUGCAGGGCAGGUGGGUGGUGGUGGUGGUUCGCCGCCGGGGAUGGGUGGUGGUGGAGGGCAGCAGCAGAGUGGCUUACCGGACCCCUCGGCCAUGCCGGUUUAUAAUUUGGGACCAAAUUUGAUGCCUAAUGGUGGUGGACAGUUGAGCCAUGAUGCAUUUGGUAAUUGGGCUCAUGCUAGACCUCCUUACUAG